GGGUCUCCAACGGAAAUUUUGAAAAAUAACACCUUAAAUGAUGACUUCUGGUGAAUUAAAUUAGAUUAAAUGAGAUAAAUUGACUUAAAAUAUAUUACAUGCAUUGAAAGCAUAAUACGGUUUAUAAAAACCUACACAGGUUGUUAUAUUCAACUCAUUUUAAGCAAGUCUAUUGGGAGUUUGAUCUCAUCACAUAGGCUACUAGGCCUACAUCAAGGUAAAGGUCACCUCUAAACCCACCUUAACAUGACAUUUACUGAGAAAUAUCUUAUAGCCUAAACAAAGCAACACUGUCGGGCCUAUGUUUUACCUCUAGUCUGUAGGAAAGGCAGGGGUAGCUCACUGCAAAUAACCCCUUAUAACAUGUAAAUUAUCUGUUUACAUGUUGAGCUAUAUUCUUUAUGGGGACUUUUCAUUUGAAAAGGGGCUAGCUAUUGUGAGACGUAUGCAUAGGCCUAGUGUAUGUCUACUCAUGCUUGAUAGCAGAAUCCAGAAAGGCUACAGCUCUCCUAAAGAAAGUUAAUAUACGCAACGUUUAUUUACUAAGCAGUUAAGGACCCGUAUUGAGACCCAAGCUCUUACAGUUGUGUUUUGCCAGUGUUUUAUGAAUAGGCCCACUUUGUUGAAUAGAAGAAAAUAAACGGUAAUGCCUAGAUGUGCAGCACGCCUACUCGUAGCUCCUUUUAAUAACAUUUUCAUAUGCUAGCAUCGUGUGUAAACCGGAUAAGGGGUUUAAGUCACACCAAACGCAAGAUAGGCUAGGCCUAUGAUAAAUUAUUCUAGGGGUAAAUACUAAAUAUUGGGACAGGACUAUAAAGAUCGCUAAUGUGUCGUCAUCAUGACGUAUUCCCAGUGGUGAACGCAAAGCAUUUUGGGAAUCCGCGGCACAAACAACAAGUAGGAAAACGCGCCAGACUUGAUUGCUGGGAAGUGUUCAAGAUGCCGUCUACCUGCUGUGUUAUAAACUGUAAUAGUCGUUCUCAUGAUAGAAGUGGAGUAAAGCUUAAGAACGGAAUUUCCUAUUAUCGUUUUCCAGCGUGGAAAAAUAAUAGUACAAGCCAUGUUUCAGAGGUGACAAAAAGGCGACGAAUGGCAUGGAUAGCAGCAGUAAGGAGGCCCAAGAUUACCUUCGAUAACAGUCCGCCACACAUGAUGGUGUGUUCAAAGCAUUUUCACAAAGGCAAACCUGCUUAUGAAAUGAUUGAGUGUGAUCCUGACUGGGCCCCUUCCCUGUACCUCGGCCAUACUGAGGUCAAAGUUACUAACACAGACCGGUUCAAGCGGCUUAGGAGAAGAGCGACGAGGUCACAACAACCGCAACCCCCCCACACUGGUCCUGAGGCUGAGUUCGAUAUUGCUGCACCUUUAUACCCAGACAACACUACAUCUGCAACUGAGAUGGAAGGUCUCGUGAAUCCACCCCCAUCUCCGGGCACUGUCCACACCGGUCCUGAGACUGAGCUGAAUGAACCAGCACAUUUGUUCCCAGACUACUCUGCACCUGUGGCUGAGAUAGAAGGACAAGAGACUCAGCCCCUACCACCAGCCCCAGACAAUGCAUGCAGAGAGGAAGAUAUGGAGACUGAAACAUCAGGGGAUGCUGGUGCUCCAAUGGGGAAUGCAGAUGAACAGCAAAAGUGCACCAAGUGUGCCCUUAGAACCAAAGAAAUAAUCCGUUUGCAGGAGGAGAAUCGAAAACUGAAGGGAGAGCUCUCCAAAAAGGCCCUGGAUGAGAAUUUUCUCAAAAACAAUGAUUUAAAGGUGAAGUACUACACUGGCCUUCCAUCUUUCAGUCUGUUGAUGGGUGUGCUGAUGCAAAUCAUUCCCAGUCUACCAAAAACAAAAGAAAGAAAACUCUCCCAUUUUCAAAUGCUCCUCCUGACCCUUAUGCGCUUAAGACUUGAUCUGCCUGUCGAACAUGUUGCACACCUCUUCGACAUUAGCCGACAUACCGCAUACAAUCUGUUCUUUGAGACCAUCAAUGUACUGCAUGCACACCUCAGUCCUUUGGUGUACUGGCCAAAGCGACAUUGUAUACAGGCAAGCAUGCCACAUCAGUAUGUAGAAAUGUUUGGGAAUCGUGUUACUGUCAUUAUUGACUGCUUUGAGCUUUUCAUUGAAAGGGCACAAAAUUUACGUGCAAAGGCACAGACAUAUUCAAACUACAAAAGCAGGUACACAAUGAAAUAUCUCAUCGGCAUAACACCACAAGGUACUAUCUCUUUCAUUUCCAAAGGGUGGGGGGGGCGUGCCAGUGAUAAGCAGAUCACCGAGAACAGUGGCUUUUCUUCAGGCUCGUCUGGAGACCUUGUGUUAGCGGACCGUGGAUUUGAUAUUAAAGAAAGUGUUGCCCUUGUGGGCGCUACACUGAAAAUACCUGCCUUCACCAGGGGCCACAGCCAACUUAAUGCAAAAGAUGUGGAAGAGACCAGGAAGUUAGCUCAUGUUAGGAUCCACGUGGAGCGAGUGAUAGGGUGUAUGCGCUCUAAGUUCAACAUAUUAAAUGACACAAUACGCCUUGGAUUUGUGGUGCCUUGUGAGGGGGAGGAUAAGACUUUGUUGGAUAAAAUUGUGGUUGUGUGCUGUGCUUUGACCAAUAUGUGUCCAAGUAUUGUUGUGAAGCCGUCAUGUUAGAAUUAUACACCAUGCUCACAUCUAAUGUAAAUAUGCACAUGUAAAUAUGUACACAUGUAAAUAUAUAUAUACAUAUAUAAAUAUGUUUUGUUUUCCAAAAGAUUUUGUAAUGUCACUAAACAUGUAAUGAUUUUUAGCCAUCUCUGUAAAUAAAAUGCACAAAGACUGAA